AUGACCCCUGAACGAAGCGAUACCGCGGCUUCGUCGUGGUGGGAAUGGCUGUCUUGGCGAGGUCGCAAAUCUUUGCCCAAUAAGCCUCCGGAUCCCGAGAUUUUACCUCUGCCAGCUCAUUCGGUCGUUGCCAGCACCUCCAAGGAGGCCGAGGUUCUAGAGGUUCGAACUUAAUCCAUUGAGAGGUUAAUUAGCUUUCUAAAAAAAUAGUUUUAUGAGCUUUUUUGAAGCAUGAGUCCAUUUUUUUACCUAGAAAACUAUUUUUGUGAAGAAUUUAUCAAGCAUUUUUUUGUGCUUUUUCGAAAUUUUUAUAUAUGAUCCUAAUUAUCUUCCUUUUUUCAUUCAUUUCAUCCUCGAAAAAAAUAUUUUUUUCUGAAAAUCAUUCCCCAUUGCUAGCAAUCAGAUCUGAUCUGGAAUGAUUGAAAUUUAUCAAAAAAACUAUAUUUUACUCCUCUUAAUGGAACACGUUCUGAAAGUAGGCCAUUUUGAAGCUGAAUAUCCAUCUUUUUCACCUAAAUUACGACCAUCUGGGGGGGUAGAGGUGCAAAAACUUCAUAAAAAGCUGAUUUUGAAGCUCAGUUUUCAAAAUUUUCUUACUAAAAACAUUCCUUGAUGACAUGCGGAUCACCUCUUAUUUUCUUUCAAUUUUACAAACCUACGAAAACUUGAAGCCUAUAUUCUUAUAGGUUAUACCUCCUACAAAUGGCUGGGAGCGAGUCAAAGCCCUCUACAGCGGCAACAAAAUGGAGCCGGACGUCAUUGAACGGGUUUUUUUCUGAUCUCUGUCAUUUUCCUGAUUUUCUAAAUAAAUCAGGUGGUCCGAAUGUCGUUCCUCGGCGGUUUCCUGAUGGGCGGAGCCACUGGAUACGCCCAAGCCCGGCAAACUUUUGAGAUCAACAACGUUGGGAGGAAAUAUCUCAGUCCCAGCGAUGCGGUGGUGAGUUUUCUAAUAAAACUGAUCUUCUCAUUUUAAAGAUGAUAAAUUCCGAUUUUUCCGAUUUUUGUUCAUUUUUUCUUAUCGUACGGUUUAGAUUCAUAACAAUUUUAGCGCACAGUUUCCAUUUUUAGAUUCUUUUUUUUCAAAUUUUCUCAAAAGCGUUUGAAACAGGUUUGAAACGUGAGCAAGGAUGGUAAAAAAUAAUGUAAAAAAUUGUAAAAAUAAGUUUUGAACGAGAUUUUUGACUUAGAAGGCAAAAAUAAGAACCAGAAUCAUUAUGAAUCCCCCGAAAAAGCUUGAGACAUUUUUAUUGAAUUCCAGAAACGAAAAUUUGACUAUGCAAUCGUUCGAUUUGCCAAAGGCGGCUUCGGCGUUGGCUUCAAAUGCGCCUUCAUUUCUGGAUCCAUCAUGUAGGUUUUUCUUUAUUUUUUGCUGAAUAAGUAUAUUUUAAUCUUUGAAAUUUCAAAUAGUGUUAAGGCUAUAUGGGAAAGUAUAAGGCUUUUCAUUGUGAUUUUUCUGGUUCGAUAGAAUUUUCACUGAAGUAUCCAGUUUUUGAGAAAAAAAAUAAGUUAGGCGCAGACUUGUUCUACUUCAUUUGGGUUUUGGCUGAGUUGGAAAAAAAAAGGGUAUACCAAUUUUUUUCCUAAUCAAAUAUUUUGUUGAAUAAGAUUUUUUAGGAUUUUCGUGCAAAAUAAUUUUAUUCAAAGUUCAAAAAUCUAACAUUGCAUGUUUGCUAGUUAUUGCUCAUAUUAGAUUCUCAUAAAAAUUAGCUAUUAAAAACUAUCUCUAACUAAGGAAUUACUCGGACUCGGUUUCAAGUUCAAACUUUGGUGGUUUAUAGACCCAACUCAGAAUACUUGAAAACAAAAGAGAAUAUCUGCUAAACCCGGUAGAGAACUGAGAAAAAAAUAGUAGAAAAUGUGAAAAUUGGGCCUGGAAAUUUUCUAAAUACUGCUUUUUACCUUAUUUUAUAUUUUAAUACAAUCGCCUUGGAUUAUCCGGCUAUGAUAAACUCUUAAAAAACUUUUUUCCAGCCAAAAGAAAGAGGAAAGCAAAAAUUUGAUAACUUUUAAGCCUAAACUGUUCAUUUUCAAUAAGCUUUUUUUUGAGAAGCCUAUGGGGUUUAGCAGAUAAUCUCUCUUGUUUCCAAGUACUCUUACCCGGGUCUAUAAGCCUUCACGUAGUUGCCUACUGAGGGGAAGUUGUCUUCUCCCAGAAAAAAACCCUGAUUUUUGCAGUCUUCUGACGACGAACCUGUCCGCCUACCGGGACCGCUUCUCCUCUUGGUACUUCCCAGCAAUCUCAGGUGUGCUCGCGUGCGCAUUGCACUCAGGUAGAAACGAGAAGAUCCUUUACCGUGUGUUACUGUAGCUCUAGUUGGCGGCGUCUUCGCCUUCCCCCUCGGCGUCGUCGGCUCGGCAAAAGCCUUCGGACUGGGCGUCUCCUCCGGGUUCGACCUUAUCUUUUUUCGGAGAAACUUGAUAAAAUGUAAAAGUAUAUUUAACAUGAAAAAUAGGGGUUCAUGAGAGUGGCUGUUUUAGGGUGAAUUUUUGAGUUUUUUGCGAGUUUCAAGCAUUUUCAGAGAGUCUGAAAAAGAUCUUUCAGAAUGAAAGUUUUUCGUACGAUUUUUCGAAAUUAUAUCCCAUUCACGGCUAUCUUGAGAUGCGAAGGGGCGUGGCUUGUUUACGCUCUCCACCAAACAGACACUGUCUCUUUCUUCGUGUCAGGACCCUUUUUUCGAUCGCUCGAGCCAGCCGUGAAUCAACUGUAGCUUUGAACACAAAAUUAAGCCUGAAACCCUUAUUUUGAACUGGUAAAGUUGAUAUCUCUAGAAGUUUGCGCUGGUAGCUACCCUCCUUGUCAAAAAUUUUUUAGUUAAGUCAUUUUUUGGGUUCGGCAGUGAAAACUUUCGUAGCAAGUAGCUAUGCGAGUCGAUUGUUUCUGAAUUUCCGAAAAAAAAAAAAAAACAAGUUUUGAUAAACUUUUUGCCAAUUUUCAGCCUCACCCUUUCCGCCGCCGUGCAUUUGUAUGCUCUGGCCGUCGACAAAACCGCUGAUGAAGCCUACAGAAUGUUCAAACGCGAGUAUGAAAAGGUCUUAAGGCGAAAAAUCGUAAAUAAAUUCUAAAAAAAAGUUUAGGAAUUGAAAGCGGCGGCUGCGUGGGACGCGCGUGUCGGCGAGCUGAUGGAAAGGGAGAAAAUCAUGUGGAGGCAGACGGCCGUCAAAAAAUUGAAGCAAAUCGACGCCGAGAAGUUGGCCGUCCAUGAUGAUUGA